AUGCCUGCGAUAGCCGCUCCAGCAGGGACAGAGGACACCCGUACCAAGCGCCGCCCUGCAGCAAAGCGCAAGAGAGCUGCCGAGGGGGAUGAUACUCCUGCACCAGAGGGCGAAACGACCAUCAGACCGACGGUGGAAACGCACAUCAAGAAGACGUUGACGGUGGAGACGGUGGCGUCCAUCGUCGCGCUCCGGCCUGAGGGAAUCAAGUUUGCCUACGUCGAUGAGCUCAUGCUCGAGCUGGACGUCAAGGCGUCCGAGAGGGAUAAUACCUUCAAGACGGGAAAGUCUUUCCGAUCCCAGGCUCCGGCUCUGGAUGCGUCCGUGGGCGGCUGGACAGGCAAAGACACUUUCAGACGGGCGAGCCCUGGUCCCGAAGAACCACCCAAGAGCCGGGAGGUCCUCUACUUUGAGUUUGUAGAUGGCGACCUCAAGCGCCAGGUGCAGGACCGUAAGAGUGGCGAGCCUACGAAGCCACAUCGCAAGCUGAGAGAGGAGGAUCUCAAGAUGCCUGUGUACAGCCAGAAGCAGAUGACACAGCUCAUUGAGAGGCGUAACACGAGGUUCAAGAGCGCAGUCAACGUGUUCUUGAACAAAUGUGUCGAAGAGAAGGUUGACCCAGAGAUGGUUCUGGUGCAGAAGACGAAAGCGCAUAUCCCUGAGCCUUCGCCGCCGGAGGAGGAUGAGGAUUUGCACGCACCCAGCACGCUGCCCGAGAUUAUUCCACAAGAGCGCAAGAGCAUUCCUGAGAUUGUGCAGGAGCUGAAGGAGAGCUCGUGGUACACGGGCCAGAUUGUGCCAGACGGGCAUCGAGUGUUCGAGGCCCAAGAGCCGGUCUACGGAGACUUGGACUUUCUACUGAGUCAGGACCUUGUCAAUGCGCUCUACAAUGCCAAGGGCAUCACCCGAUUCUUCGCGCACCAAGCUGAGGCACUAAAUGGGCUUCACGAUGGCCAGAACGUGGUUGUCUCCACGUCGACGAGCUCAGGCAAGUCGCUGAUUUAUCAGUUACCGAUCAUCUACGCUCUCGAGCGGGACUUUAAUUCAAGAGCCAUGUACAUCUUCCCAACCAAGGCACUAGCACAGGACCAGAAGAGGAGUCUGAAGGAGAUGAUGUCCUACAUGCCCGGGAUGGAGGAGGUCCUGGUGGAGACCUUUGACGGAGACACGCCUUUUACGAUGCGGAAUGAAAUCCGCGAGAGCGCGAGGACCAUAUUCACGAAUCCGGACAUGCUGCACAUUACGAUUCUUCCACAAGAAGACAGGUGGAGGACGUUUCUCAAGAACUUGAAGUAUGUCGUUGUGGACGAGCUCCAUUAUUACAAUGGGCAAAUGGGCUCCCAUAUGGCCUUUAUCAUGCGACGGCUGAGACGGGUCUGUGCUGCCGUCGGCAAUCGCAAGGUCAAGUUCAUCUCGUGCUCUGCCACCGUUGCCAACCCGAAAGAUCACUUCAAGACCAUUUUUGGUAUCGACAAUGUCCGGCUCAUCGACUUUGACGGAUCGCCCUCGGGACGCAAGGAAUUCUUAUGCUGGAACACACCCUACAAAGACCCUGGCGAUCCUGCAAGUGGCCGAGGCAGCGCCAAAUUUGAGUGUGCUCGCUUGUUCUGCUCCCUCAUGCUGAGAGGUGUGCGUAUUAUCGCCUUUUGCCGGGUUCGUCACCAGUGCGAGAAGUUGGUCAACGCCAUCAAGCAAGAGCUAGAGUCAAUGGGCCGUCCAGAGACUAUCAAUCUAGUCAUGGGCUACCGUGGCGGCUACACGCCGCAUGACCGCCGACGCAUCGAAAGCGAGAUGUUUGAGGGCAAGCUGCUGGGAAUUGUGGCCACGACGGCCCUGGAGCUUGGUAUUGACAUUGGGUCGCUGGACUGCGUGAUGACAUGGGGCUUCCCCUAUACCAUUGCCAACCUGCGCCAACAAAGCGGACGUGCCGGGCGGAGGAACAAGGACUCGUUGUCAAUCUUGGUGGGCGAUUCGUUUCCUACAGACCAACAUUACAUGCAGAAUCCUAAUGAGCUGUUCACGAAAGCGAAUUGCGCAUUGCAGGUAGAUCUGGACAAUCUCCUGGUGCGCGAGGGCCAUAUUCAAUGUGCCGCAUACGAGAUGCCUAUCCGGCCUAAAGAGGAUGCCAAAUAUUUUGGGGAGGACUUGCCCCGAGUGUGCGAAGAGAGACUUCUCCUGGACGAGACCGGAUACUAUCACUGUCACGACCGCUUUCGCCCCGUGCCAUCCAAAUUUGUUGCCAUCCGCGACACAGAAGAUGAUCACUUCGCCAUUAUCGACAUUACCAAUGGACGCAACAUUGUUCUUGAGGAGCUUGAGGCCUCGAGAGCACAUUUCACGAUCUACGACGGGGCCAUAUUCCUCCACCAGGGCAACACGUACCUUGUCCGAGACUUCCAGCCUGAGAAACACAUGGCCAAGGUGGAAAAGGUUAGGGUGGAAUGGACAACGGUGCAGCGUGAUUACACAGACAUUGAUCCCACAGAGACAGAAGCUCUGCGCAAAAUCACCAAUUCACGGUCAAUGGCCUACUACGGCACGAUCAAGAUCCAGCAGAACGUAUUUGGGUUCUUCAAGGUGGACAAACAGAACCGCGUCCUGGACGCCGUGCACGUCGACAACCCACCCGUCAUCCGGUUCAGCAAGGGGAUGUGGGUGGACAUACCAAAGGUAGCCUUGGAGAUUCUACAGGAGCGACGGCUGCACUCGGCCGCGGCGAUCCAUGCGGCCGAGCACGCCAUCAUGAGCUUGGUGCCCAACUUUGUCAUCAGCAUGCCGAGCGAUGUACGGACCGAAUGCAAGUUUGGGGUGAAGGAGUUUGCGCAAAAGGACAGUCAGCGCAAGCGACCGGCGCGGCUGACGUUCUACGACGCCAAGGGGGGCGCGGGGGGCUCUGGUAUCAAUACAAAGGCGUUUGAGCACAUUGAUCAGCUCCUGCGGGACGCGCUCAAGAGGGUUGAGGGCUGUCACUGCGAGAGAGGCUGCGUCGAGUGUGUGGCCUCGGAGCUGUGCAAGCACUCCAACGAGGUGAUGAGCAAGGCGGGUAGCGCAGUGGUCCUCAAGGCUCUGCUGAACAUGAAGAUCAACGUGGAGGAUUUGCCCAUGGGGCCCGAGGACGAGAGCCCCCUGGGUUUCGAAACGGUUGUUGCUGCGCAGCCAGUGCCCUUUAGGGAUGCGCGUCUGUUGGCGCAAGACGGUGGUGAGUCUGAGCCUUUAGUCAAGGCCGAACCACGGGAGGAGUACGAGACCAUGGGUGGUUUCGAUAGAUGGUCUGGUAUUGGGGAGCCUCCCAUGCCAUGA